AUGCUUUGCAGAUGCAACAAAGCAAGGGUAUUCUUACGUCAUAUCAGCGCCCGGUCUCUCUCUUUCUCUUGUUCUAAAAUGGCGAACGAGUCGACUGCUCAAAAGAUGGGAGAUUCUUUUCCUCAUUUCGGUACCCUGGCGAUCCAUGCUGGUCAAGAACCAGAGCAGUGGAAUUCUAGGGCAGUAGUGCCACCGAUUUCAAUGGCUUCAACUUUUAAACAAGAUGCCCCGGGCGAACAUCGCGUAAGUUUUCAGUAACCUUAAUCUUCUUACGCAAUGGACAUGUUGCGUAGAAUGUUAUUAAUUAACCUCCUGUUAUGAUCGUGAUAUUUAUAUCUGUUAAUAGGGAUUUGAAUAUUCUCGAUCGGGAAACCCAACAAGGAAUUGCUUCGAAGCCUGUGUCGCCGCUUUAGAGAGGGCAAAACAUGGUGAGAUUUUCUCUAGUUUGACUGUGUGAUAUUGUGUUUUUAUAAGGCCACGUGUAACACAAGAUCCGGAUUUUGAACACACUCUGUUUUUUUGUUUGAUAUCAGCGUUCGCAUAACAAAUUAUUUCAACAUUGUGAAAUCCUCUACUUCAGACGGCCUAGUAGUCAUCUGGAACCUUUUUACUGAGUCAAUGAUUUAUAUUUGGUAACGGUCGUGUUUAACAGUGGCAGAUCCAUUCCUCGCCGCCCCCCCCCCCUCUUAUUUUUGGACCGAACUGAGGCCUGAACCGCUGAAAAAUUUUUUUAAGAGACUGAGCCCCCCUUAUCUCAAGGUCUGGAUCCAGCACUGUUUAAUACAUACGGGGUGGGGGGCUUAAUAGAGGAUUUAGCAUAGGGUACUUUCACAGAACAGCUGUAAUGAUUUAAUUCCCUUAUAAUCUCCUUAGGCUUAGCCACUGCAUCAGGUUUAUCAGCAACCAUGCUCUUGACACAUCUUCUUAAGAGUGGAGAGCAUGUUCUAUGUGUGGAUGAUGUUUAUGGAGGUAACACAUGCUUUUAAUAAUACUAUUAUUUAACAAUUAAUGAAUGAGGCUGAGUAUCUUAUGAAGAAUUAUGGAGAUCAAGGAGGGUGUUAUUCGUCAAGGUGGUAGGCCAAGGCGGAUAACACCCUCCAAGAUCUCCAUAAUUCUUCAUAUGAUACGAAGGCUGAAUUCAAUAAUUGUUUUAUUAUUCAAAUUCAAAAUAAUUCCUAGUUUAAAAACAUGGCUAAAACAUGCUAACCUCCAACGAUCCCUCGAUGUUAAGUUCAUCUUCGAUAGUGCACGUUUAGGUUUGUCCAGCUCCGCAGAUAUUCUCCAAAUAGCAGAUGUCAUAGCAGAUGUCAUUGCCAUGUUUUUAGCUAUGUUUUUGCCUAGUUCUUACUCUUGAAACGAGUGAAAUGUCCGCCAUUUUUCAAGUUCACAAUCAAAACAACUCAACCUCGUCCCCAGGUCUUCUCGGUUACCGGUGCCUUAACCUUGGAAAACGCUGCAUGUUUGACGUCAUUUCCUCGUUAAACACAAAAUUUUUCCAAAUUUGGUCAUCAGUAACUGGUUAUGGUGAAUUAAACGAGUGCUUUUAGCCAAUCAGAAUCGGGAAAAUAUUUUGAAUGAAUAAUAAAUAUGUAUUCAUGUUCUGCACAUGUCAUCAGAUUCCCCAUGGGGUAGGACCCUUGGGGAAUAUGUUGUGGUAGACAAGGGAAUUGAUUGGUUUCUUUGCUCUUGUGGGAGGGGAAAUUUCCUGACAUUGUUUUAAGUCAAAAGGACAGGAGGUUCAUCAUUCAUUCACCCAUUCAUCCAUUAUUAAUCAAUUUGUUUUUGAUUAUAGGAACCAACAGAUACUUUUCAAAAGUUGUAGCCAUACAGAUGGGAAUAGAAAUCACCUUUGUGGAUGCAUCUGAUCUUAGUAAAUUGAAGAAUGGAAUCAAACCAAAUACCAAGGUCUGCAGUGAAUUUUAAAUGUAACAAACUGAACUUUGAUCUCUCAUUUUCCGGAACCAUCCUUCAUGGUUGCUCCUCCAAGAAAUUUUUUCCAAAUAAGCACCCAUUACUUAGGCCAAUGUUUUUAGCAAACUAGUUCCCACCCUCCUCAAAUAAGCAUCCUCUUUUCAACCUGGUUCCCAGAACCUUUCCCUCACUGUAGACUUGCUACAAGUUGACCUCUCAUAAGUUAUUCUUAAAAGUGAGCGAAGCGUGCUUCAAUGCCUGAGGUCGUGCAGAGACUGAGCAAACAACGAAGUGUUGAAGUCAACUUGUUUUGCCUGAAUGGAUUUGAUAUGAAUCAUAUUAUAUAUUCCUGCGCAGAAAAAAAUGAUAGACAUAUGCUGUGUCAGGAGCGGCAUGAAAUAUCACUCACAGGCCCUGUCCUAUUGGUCAAUUGUCAUGAUGUUACCGGUAGAAUUUUUGACCAGUGAAUUUCGCGCCAAACAGUUAUGAAAAGUCCUUUAAAAUGGCAUAACCAACCAGGGGAAAAAAAGAGGACUUUUAGAAAGUCUAUCCUCACUCUUACGACUGUUUAUGAAGCAUUUACAAGCUUUAAUUGGCUGCUAUCCUGUCAGAUUUUGCAUGGAUGCAAUGCUAAUCAAAAUGGUGUUGAAACUAAGAAAAGUUCCCAAGAAAAGUUCAAUGAUCAGUCUACAAAUGUUCAAUCAGUGUUGUUUGAUAGUAGUAAUGCUGCCGUGGCAUUUGCUCCUUUUGCAAUCCUUGGGUAGACUGUAAUCCCUGGUCAGGUCCGAUCUGUGAGGCUCUUGUUUAGAACAUUUCUAAUGUUAAAUAUUGUUUUGGUUAGCCUGUAAUAUCUUUGAUAAUUUGGCUCUUUUGACGUUGCAUGUUUCAUUGAUCAACUUCUAAAAGUUAUUUCUUUAAUAUUAAAUUUGUCUCAGUUUCUUUUUGUUUUUUUUCUUUUUGGAUUUUAAUGAGGUAAUGUCUAAUUUUAACAUGGAAGCAAAGUCAUCUGCUUUUUUAAUAAAACACCUUUUCUCAUAAAUAGAUGGUGUGGAUUGAGACCCCUACCAACCCUCUUCUGAAGCUUGUUGAUAUUCAAGGAGCUGCAGAAAUUGUUCAUCAACAUGAAGUAAGUUUGUUAGAUCAUACACAAUGUAAUUGUACAACCUUGACUAUUCUCUGCAGUAUGCUUUUUUAAAACUACUAUCUUAAUAGAGAACUGAACGAUCAAGUGUGCAUGGAAAUUAGUGCAUAUGUUCAUGAACAUGUUACAUAUCAGGUCAAAAGUAAAUUCAGGUUAAAAAUUUUUCAACCCAAGUUGAUUCUCUAUUCAUUUGUCUCCUUAAGCCCUGAUUAUUAAUUAAUGAAUUAUAGCCUGUUGCAGGCUACGAAGUAAGGAAAUUGAGAAUCAAACUUGGUUUAGAAUUUUAACCUGAAUAUAUGAAUUUUGACCUGUAACAAAAUACAUGUAGUACUGCAUUCAUCAAUGUUAAAUAUUAAAUGUUUUUUCAGGGUGUCUUCCUAGUGGUGGACAACACUUUCAUGUCAUCAUAUUUCCAGGUAUAAUACGUUGUAUGCAAUAUACUCCAACAGCCCAGAGAGAUAAAUUAUCAAUUCUUUUCUUGACAGUCAGCACUUGUUAACCCAAAACAUUGUGCCCUUCACAGGAAAAAAUAACAGAUUCCCAUUUUUGGAUAUUUUAGGGUAUUUAAAGAAUACCCACAAAAAUCCCAAAUUUGGAAGAGUGAGACAAGUCCCAACCAGGGAACUUGGUUCGGAAUUCCCUGGUUAAGACUUGUCUCACUUUGCCAAAUUUGGGAUUUUUAUGGGUAUUCUUUAAAUACCCUAAAAUAUUCAAUAUUGGGAAUCUGUUAUUUUUUCCUGUGCUUAAAACGUAACGUAUCCCCAAAAUUAUUGAUCCCUGACUAUCUUUUGUACUGACUCAAAACAACUCUUAAGUAUUUUGUAUGGGAAAGAAUAUCCUUGUAACUAUUUGAAAAUCACUCUGGCUCACUUUGACUGAUACAACAGGCUUUCAAAAACACCAGGGGUUAUAAUGAAUGACUUGAGAUUUUAUACCCCAAAAUCUCACCCUCGCCCUCUCCCCCUCUGUCCAUAAGAAUAUCAAUGCCAUCUCUUUAUUCAAGACCCACAAAAAUCCCUUCAGUGCAAAAUUUCAGACCCCUAAUAGGGGAUUAGAUACCCAAUCCCCACUCUCAACUGUCAUAAGGAAAUUAUACCAAACUGUCCCACCAUGAUUUUGAAAAGAGAAGCUUAUCUUGACUUUUGUCUCUGUUAUGACAUAGCUAAUUUCCAUUCAUUUUGUCUGUAUUAAUUUAACUGCUCUGCCAAAAAUUAUGUAAUUAUUUUGUAGCGACCUUUGUCUCUUGGAGCUGAUGUUGUCAUGCACUCUGUAACAAAAUAUAUGAAUGGUAUGUUUAUCAGAUUAUUAUACAUUUUAACCAACUGUUAUUUAGCUUUUAUCCCCUCUUUGUUUACAUUAACAGUAAUUUCAACUGUUUGACUGUUUUUUUUUUUUUUUUCAGGUCAUUCAGACACUGUAAUGGGAGUGAUUUGCACCAACAACGAUGACAUUUGUAAUAGGCUGAGGUUU